UGCAGGGGGAGAGGAUGUGGGGACAAAGAUUGCACCUGAGCGAAAACAAACGCUGCUGGAAGACGGUUGGCCAUCUAAUAACACUGAUGCUAUUAGAUUUUCUAAACUUGUCAAACCAAUGAAAACGCGAAACUUGCGGGAUCUCAUUUGCCGGACGGUUUACCCCUGCGAGCGAUGUUUAAUAGAAAUUAUGAGGAAUCCAGCGGUUUCUGCCUCGUAGCAGCGACAAUGCUCAGGCCUGUCAUAACCGGCUUUUGCAGAUUUUGUUCGUCACAUCAAUGACUAUGGAUGUCAGAGCAGUUCUGGAGUUUGCCACAGUCACCAGGGGCCUCUCGCUGUUCUUGCAGGCUGUCUUGAACGCUGCCAUCCCUGACCAUGAAGCUGAUGCAUUCAGGCCCCCGCGGACUGAGGAGCCUCUGUACUUGGACUCUGCAGUGGAGUGGUUAUUGGGUGGCCUUUCUCGCUGGGACGCCGAGCACUUCCUCUUCAUUGCUGAGAGAGGAUACCUCUAUGAGCACAACUUUGCUUUUUUCCCCCUCUUCCCCGUCGUCCUCCGAGGCCUGGCAGAGACGCUCCUGUGGCCCCUGAGCAGCUGGCUCAGUGUGCGUGGCCGCCUGCUGGUGGCCGUCGCUCUGGGGAACAGUGCCCUCUUCCUGCUGAGUGUGGUCGCCUUGCACGCACUUAGUAGAAUGGUUCUGCAGGACAGACGUCUCGCUCUGCUCUCCAGCCUGCUCUACUGCAUCACACCUGCCAAUGUUUUCAUGACUGCUGGAUACUCAGAGAGCCUGUUUGCUGCCCUCACUUUUGGCGGGCUGUUCCUCCUGGAGAAGGGAUUCACGUUCCGAGCGUGCUUGGCCCUCAGCAUAGCCACUGCAGCACGAUCCAAUGGACUUGUCAACAUUGGAUUUCUGCUGUAUCUUCCAUCACUGCACGCCAUCUCUCAGAUUCGUGUGUAUCGUACAACGACAAAAGGCCACAUUAAAGUCUUCCACUACAUUUGGGCAAUCAUCCGUCUCCUGGUCACCUCCCUCUUGGGAACUGCAAUUAUUGCCCUUCCCUUCUGUGCUUUCCAGUACUAUGGCUAUAGGACGUUUUGCACACCAUCCGUCUCCCUGGAGCGGAUCCCUCCCGCGCUUCUGUCACUGGGUGAACGGAAGGGCUACCGGGUUCCAGAUGAAAAUGGUCCGCCACCCCUUUGGUGCAUGAGACCCCUCCCCCUACUUUAUUCUCAUAUCCAGGACGUGUAUUGGGACGUGGGUUUCCUCCGUUAUUUUGAGCUGAGGCAGAUACCAAACUUUAUUCUGGCUCUACCUAUGGCUACCCUCGGCAUAAUGGCAGCUUAUGCAUAUUGUCAAACUAAUCCAGAGCUGUGUCUGAGACUUGGACUGUGGGAGACAGCUGCAAAUAAAGGGCUUGACAAACCCACACCGGGAUUCUUCAACCCCAGGGUGUUUGUGUAUGUUGUACAUUCAACAGUUCUCCUGGUGUUUGGAACAUUGUGCAUGCAUGUACAGGUUCUAACCAGGUUCAUGGCCUCCUCAUCUCCUGUGCCGUUCUGGAUAAGUGCUCACCUGCUCCUUCUCAAUGAGCCGCUUCUACAUCGAAGGAAAACAUCAAACCCCAGCAUACAGCUACAGGCACAUUCCAGAAAUGGAUGCAAGCACACACCUCAAAACCCCAUCACUGCACUGCUGCCACAUUUUAAAACCUGUUCACCUACCACACAGAGCAUCCUGGGAUACUUCAUCUCUUACUGGGUGCUGGGGCUCGCUCUGCAUUGCAACUUCUUGCCAUGGACUUGACUUUAGACAUUAGCUUUAAAUGCAAUAUUUCUAUGUAGGACUGGGCUAGUGACCAUAUUUUAAAUGAUGUGAAUCCACACGCAGUUUUUUUUUUUUUUUUUUAACACCAUAUCAUCAUCCACUGUCUUUUUUAUGCCAACAAUGAUUAAAUUGUUCAUUGUAAUAUUUCAUUAAAAAGAGAUUAAAAAAAUAAAAGAAUACAUGAAUGCAAAAUAUUGUAAAUGUCACAUUUGUUAAAAAAAAAAGGUACUGUAUUUUGUUUUUGGAGAAAAACCCAAUCCAAAGAAAAGAAAAUAUUGUCUCAUAUUUUGGUAAUGACGCCCAGUCUUACAUACAACAUAUUGACAUCAUUACAUUUUUGAUGAAGAUUCAUUCAUGCAGUAGUCAACAAAUCUGAUUUUCACAUCUUAGUCUAAUGUGUUUGUAGUUGUUUGAGAAUAAACUGAACUGUACAGUGUAUCUGAAACUUUAUUGAACACUUUGGUUGUAAAACUUGGGAAGACUAUGUAUUUUUAUUUUAUGCUGAGUUCUUGCUGAAGCAUCAAGAUUUUAUUUACAGAUUUUAAUAUUGCACUGCAUGUUUGGAAUAAUUAUUCCAAGUUAUUGUUUGAGACUUUGGGAUGUGAAUGAAAAAAAUAAAGAUUUUGUUGCU